GCCAGAAAACGUUUCGCAAAAAGGAUGAUCGGAGAAGUGCUUAUAAAAUAUAUUAUUAUUAAGUGUCAGAAUCUCAAAAGUUAAACUUCACCGGCACACCUUGCUCUCUGGGGAAAGAAAUGUUAUACUCUGCAGCUUUUUGCUGCACAUCUGGUUAUUUUACAGCUGCUACAUCACUGCUGUUUUGCUAUAUAGGGAUCGUUUUAUUAUGGAUUUAGCGGAUGGCAUACCAUGUUGGUGUACUCUGCAGCAGUCGAGCAUUUCAGAAAAAUACUAGAAAAAUACUGCUGCAUGUAGGCUAGUUGUAAAUACGAAGUUUGAAUAUGAGUUGGCGUAGUGGUGUGAUGUUUAAAUCAAUGAGAUGCAAAACGUAUUCAAUUAGGACAUUAGAAGCGGUUGCGUUUGUAGCGAUAGAAAUAGUAGUGGUUUUCUUGUAUCAAAAGUGCUGGUGGUAGGCCUAAUGUCUAAGCUACAUUUUAUUAUUUUACAAACAUAUAGGAAGUACAUAAAGUGCAUAAAAUAAGGAUUAGGAUAUCAUAUUAGUUUAUUUUGGGAAAGUACAUUAUUGCAAUUGUCAUUUCUGUUAACUUGCACAAUAAUAUUGAGCAAGACUGAAACGAUACAUUGCUGAUAUAGUUAGCUACUUAGAUAAGUGAGAUAAACAUUAAACCGCGGUCGUAUUUUGAUGACGUCAUUGGGACUUUCCGGGUAGCUACGAGAGAUGUCAUAGAUGUAGCUAGCUAUAGCAAACUUGGUAACGAAAGGGGGUACGAAGAACACAGGAACGAGGAAGAAAGUCGUACGAAAAUAAUGAAGGGAGAAAACGACUCAUUCAUCACUGAGUGCUUUAAAGAGUAAAAACUCCACUAACAAGCAAUAUUAACACUGAAAUAACCACCGAGGACCGAAUGUCAACAACGCGGCCCCUCCUCGGGAUGAAGCGAAUCACCGAGUUAACCUGCUCGGAGCCUCCGGGAGGCAGGCUGUCUGCGCCGGUCAAAAAGCAGCAACAAGACGCGCUGACAGUGGACGAGUUCACAGUUCCUGAGGCUAAGCAGGAGGAGUUGAAAUGCGUCAAGCCUCGGGUUGAGCAGGUUUUUGAGGUGGCGUUCACCAUUAUCGGCCUGUUAGACCCAACCGGAGCCCACGGAACCAAAGCGUCCCGGCAAAUUUGGCUUCAGCUUAAGGGAAAGAGAGAGGAUGUUUCAAAGGCUAAGGAGUACGUGAAGGGGCUGUGUGACCCGGAGCUCCAGAAGGUGGAGGUGUACCCGGCGGACAUGCACUGCAUUUUCGUGGGCGCGCGGGGCCUGUUCCUGGACCAGCUGCUGCGGGACACCAGCGCCGAGGUGGCGGUCCUGGAGCCGGGCCGGCUCCGCCUCCUGGGCCGGGCCGAGGCCGUCGUCAUGGCGCAGAGCCGCGUGCAGCAGUUCGUGGCGCUCUUCCAGGAGAACAAGAGCCUGCCGGGGGACACGGAGCCCGCCGUCAAGCGGGCCUUCAAGACCUUCGUGGAGGAGCGCGCCGACAAGUACGCCAUGGAGCUCCUGCUGCUCCCCAGCGCCCUGAAGGAGGAGCUGCUGGGCCUGGCCUGCGGAGCCUCGGCCCCGGCCGGCCCGCCCAACCCGCCCCCGGAGCCUCCGCCCCCCGACCCGCUGGACCGCUCCCGCACCAGCACGCCCGUCACCGAGCUGUCCAACCGCAUCCUGGACGCCACCUUCGAGGACAAGGCGGUGGGGGCGGGCGGCGGGGAGGUGGUGCUGAACGGGCGGCCCUGCCACAAGCGGCGCUCCUCGGAGAGCGAGGCGCGGGACACCAAGCGCCAGUUCUCCCAGGAGCGGCGGGACGAGGAGCUGGAGACGGACUGGUGCUGCAUCGGCGGCGAGGGCCGCGGCAAGCCGUCCGCCAACGCCGCCUCUGGGGCCGCCGCCGCCGCCGCCGCGGACGACGCGGUGUUGGUGCUGGACUCCAGCGAGCUCUCGGACGAAGGCGCCGACGGCGUGAGCCCCGAGACCAACUUCAAGUGCCUGGUGAACUUCUUCCGGACCAUGGGCUACCAGCAGGAGGUGGUGGAGCGGGUGGUGAAGGAGGCGGGGCAGAGGGAGGACACCUUCCUGCUCCUGGAGCGCAUCGUGGAGGAGAGUCAGAGGACGGGGGCGGGGUCCGGGGGCGGGGCGGGGAUGCGCACGAGAGAGCCCAGGACCCCGAGCCCCUCCUGCCAGCCGGCCGCCGUCGCCUCUUCCUCCGCGGCCCCGUCCUCCUCCUCCUCGUCCUCCCGGGGCCGGGAGAAGGACCGAGCCCACGGCCGGGCGCACGCGGAGGUGAAGUCCAAGGAGAACAUCCAGCCCGGCAGCAACGGCAUGUUCCCGCCGGCGCACAGCGGGCUGGCCCCCGCCCACCCCGCCGGCCCCCCGAGGAGGACCGGCAUCCCGCCGGGCCACCAGGAGAUCAUCGUCAUCGCCGACGACGACGGCAGCGAGGGGGCGCGGCCAGGACCAGGGGCGGGGCCGGGAGCGGGAGCGGGGGCGGCCGUCAAGGCCAGGCCGGCUGCGAGGGCCAACUUUGCCGCCGUGGCCAAGAUGGACUACCUGUCCCGGGGCACUAGGACCCUGGGGCCCGAGCGGGUGGAAAGCAUGACGCCCCUCCGCAGCACCACCCAGCGCCCCCCUCAGACUCUGGAGCGCCCCGGCUGCUCCUACCAGACCGUGGGGCCCGCCCGGGUUCCCCCUCCCUCCACCCCCAUCCCCGCCCUGGCCCCGGCCCCCAGCCCCAUCCCCCAGCCGGCCCGCUGCGAGCCCCAGCCCCCGAAGGCCGCGCCCCUGACGGGCGUGUCCCGGUUCCAGCAGUCGCUGCGCACGCCCUACCGGCUCACCCUGCAGAACGAGCCCGGGAACCCGGGUCUCCGCCACAUCAUCAUCGACGGCAGCAACGUGGCCAUGAUGCACGGACUGCACCGGUUCUUCUCCUGCCGCGGGAUCGCCAUCGCCGUGGAGACCUUCUGGAAGCGAGGCCACCGCGAGAUCACCGUCUUCGUGCCGCAGUGGAGACAGAAGAGAGACCCCAACAUCACAGAGCAGCACUUCCUCAGCCAGCUGGAGGACUUACGGCUGCUGUCCUUCACCCCUUCCCGGGAGGUGUGCGGGCAGCGCAUCUGCUCCCAUGACGACAGGUUCCUUCUCCACCUGGCAGAGAAGACGGGCGGGGUCAUCGUCACCAAUGACAACCUGCGGGAUUUUGUGGACACAUCGGAGGCAUGGAAACAAAUCAUCAAAGAGAGGCUGCUGCAGUUCACCUUUGUGGAAGACCACUUCCUGAUCCCAGAUGACCCCCUCGGCAAGCAUGGCCCCCAGCUGGAGGACUUCUUACGCAAGGACUUCAGGCACAGCCCGGUCACCGCGCCCUCCAGGCCAGAGCUCCGGGUCACCCCGCCCGUCUACGUCCAGGCCCUCCAGUCGGCCCCGCGGCCCUCCCUGGCCCCCCAGACCCGGCCCCCGUCCCGCUGGCCCCACACGGGGCCGCCCGGCUGGGCCCCGCCCCGCCCGUCCCCCUCCCCCCCGCCCCAGCGCUCCCCCGGCGAGACGGCGGACCUGAAGAGGCAGCUGUACGUCAUCUUCCCCGACCAGAGGCCCCGCAUCGACCGCAUCCUGAGCGAGAACCCCUACAUGCGGGACCUCAACGCCCUGUCGGGCCUGCUGCUGGGCUGAGCCCCCGUUCGUCCGUCCAGCUGUCCGUCAGUCUAUCCGUCUGAGGAGGAGGGAGGGGGGCGGGACUCUGCAGCGCUCCCAUUUUAAGAGCUUUUGCUCCCGGGAAUGGGUGUUGUGCUAACUGGAAUAAAAUCAUUUAGGAGCACACCUACUAAUUGGGAUGCUUUGCUGUGCUCCUGUGUUUUUCAGCUUAGGGGCACACGUUUUUUUCCCCUUGGGAAAAAUAGUAGCGUAAGGCCCUGGGGGGGGGUGUGGCCUCUGAGAACAGGGUUCAGCACUGAGCUCUUUUAGUGUAAUCAUUAAACGGGACUGGAAGAUCCACCACACUAUGGGGACAAUAUGGAGUCAGCUUCACGCUGCAGUCCACUUAAUCGAAGGUUCUAGUGAAUCUAUCCCCCCCAUUUCCACCUUCCUCCAGCACACUCACUUUCCGCUGCCUGUUCCUGCCUGAUGAUCCAAUGGAAUGCUGGGUAAUGUCAAUCAAAGUGAUUUUUCGAGUGGAAUUUUUGGGCGGGGAGGGAGGACGGGUUUGGCGGAAGUGGCCGAUCACACGUGUAUAUAUGAAAUAUAAAUGUUUCCUCAUAAUUUAUUUCUGCAGAUUCAGGUGACUUUGAAAGCGGGAGAGAUUUUGUGCUUCGCUGUAGUUUUCCCUGCACAGAGACUCAUUUGGGAAAGGGAGCCUUUCUGUUUUGGAGCUGUUAUGAACAGAAUCACUAAGACUUGAUUUCCUUUUUGUACAUAAGACGUUAAAUCCUUUGCUGCACAGAGAGGGGUAUCCUCACUACCACGGCAACCUGAAACGCAGGACUCGUUCGAAAGAGAGAAAAGACGAAAGGAGGGAAGGAAAAGGGGGAGCACUUACCAUAAAAACAUGUUUUUACAGACACCUUUUUCCCCGCAGAGCACUGGACCCCGUGCCCUCUCUCUGUCUGUUUACUGUUUACACACGGGAACUUCAGUGUCCAUUGCGAUGAUCCCCUUUCCCACAAUGCAACACUCAAAAGUUUUUUGGUAGCAGGACAUUGUGAGCACACGCGCUCCCUCGCCGUACGUUUCGCAAAAGAACUGCGCUUCCUUACCUUAACUAAGUCCACCGAUGUUUAAGCACAGACUGACACACCUCCAAUGACUUAGCUGUGUUACAGUUCCAUGUUCCUCUUGGCCCCGCAUAAUCAGAACACGCAGCCACAGGGACAGGUAAAGGAGGGGGGAUAUGGGAGCAAAUAUCUAUUUAAAAAGCCGCUCGCUCGCUCCUCCGACACAAUGUACAGUUCCUAAUACAGAUGAGCACAAAGGUAACACACUUACAAGCGGUAGUUCAUUGUCAGUUCUACCAGAAGACCACCAGAGGCCGCUGUUUACCAUAUAAAGAGGUCCCAGUAAGCUUCGAGACAGCCUAACGAUGUUUUGUAAAUUCCCUUUCUCCUUCGCAAGCCAGCGGCCCUGCCUUGUACAGACAUAAAGACACGCGCAUCGUUGUCACGUGCAGUGCUGUUGUGGCUGAUCCAUCGCAUCAGGGGUCGGGAGGUGUGCGGGUUCCAUUGUGUUAUCGCAUUCGUGAGCGUUCUCCAGGCAUUGCCAUGUCGCCGCCGUCUGGCCCAGGAAGCUGUGACGAGGGGUCGGACCGCCUGUGUUUCCGAGUCGCUUUCUGCUGUGUCCUGUGGGUGCAAUGGAAAAGGACUGCCAUGCUUUUUUUUUCCUCCUGGUUGGUUGCUGUUAUGUUUAUUUUUUUAUAUUUAAGACGAAAGCGAGGGGGGGGGGGCGAUAUUAUUCCAGUUGGUUCCACAGACCCCAGGACUUUGUUUUAUUUAGCAGGAGAAACUUCCUUGAGUUUUCCCAAAGGCGGUGAAGUCAUUAAAGGACAUGUUUUCUUUA